AGUGGCCAGAAGGGGAAGUGUGAGGAGUUCCCCUCACAGCUCCAGUCUCCUCAGUGGUGGUGGCAGCGGCAGCAGCAGCGGCAGCGGCUGGCCAGCAGAGGCCAUGGAGUCUCUGGAGACCCCAGUCAAGGACGGCGUCCUCUACCAGCAGCAUGUCAAGUUCGGCAAGAAAUCCUGGCGGAAAGUGUGGGCUCUGCUGUAUGCAGGAGGCCCGUCAGGCGUGGCCAGGUUGGAGAGCUGGGAGGUCCGAGAUGGUGGCCUUGGACCUGGGAGUGACAGGUCUGCGGGGCCUGGCCGGCGUGGGGAGCGGAGGGUCAUCCGCCUGGCCGACUGUGUGUCUGUGCUGCCUGCUGAUGGUGAGAACUGCCCUCGGGACACUGGCGCCUUCCUGCUCACCACCACGGAGCGAAGCCACCUGCUGGCUGCACAGCACCGCCAGGAGUGGAUGGGCCCCAUCUGCCAGCUGGCUUUCCCGGGCACAGGGGAAUGCUCAGCAGAAGCAGAGGCUCCCAAGAGGGGCCUGGUCCCCAUGGAGGAGAACUCCAUCUACUCGUCGUGGCAGGAAGGAGGCGAGUUUCCCGUGCUGGUGCAGAGGACCGAGGCGGCCACCCGCUGCCAGCUGAAGGGGCCCUGCCUCCUGGUGCUGGACACCACGGCCAUCCGGCUGCACCAGGCGGCAGAUGCGCCUGCGCUCUACAGCUGGCCCUACCGCUUCCUGCGCAAGUUCGGUUCCCACAAGGACGUGUUCUCCUUCGAAGCCGGCCGCCGCUGCGAGUCGGGCGAGGGCCUGUUCGCCUUCAGCAGCCCCCGCGCCCACGACCUGUGCGGGGCCGUGGCCGCCGCCAUCGCCCGCCAGCGGGAGCACCUGCCCGAGCCCGCGGCCGCCCGGCCCUGCCCGCUGCCCAGGGCCACCUCGCUGCCCUCCCUGGAGCCCCCGGGCGAGCUGCGGGAGCUGCCUGCGGGGCUGGAGCCGCUGGGUGCGCGCAGGGCGCUGCUGGCAGAGCCGGGCCCGCAGAGCCUCCCGCUGCGGCUGGACGCCGAGCCCGCCGCCGCCCUCUACGCCGCCGUGUGCAAGCGCGCCAGCGGCCCGCCGGGCCCCGAGCACCUCUACGAGAACCUGCGCGGGCUGGACGCCGGCCCCAGGGCGCCCCCUGACGGCGGCGCGCCGCACAGCCCGUCGGCCAGCCCGGUGUACCGCAACAGCGAGGACCUGAGCUGGCCCGGCGCGGGAGCCGCCCCCGACAACAGCCUGGAGGCCCAGUACCGCCGGCUGCUGGAGCUGGAGCUGGCGGGCGGCGAGGAGACGGGCGCGGCGGGGCGCGGCGGCGGGCAGGCGGGCUUCAAGGCCAAGCUGGUGACGCUGCUGAGCAGGGAGAGGAGGAAGGGCCCAGUGCCCUGCGAGCGGCCCUGAGGGGCUGGGCGGGCGCAGGAGGGUCAGCAAGGGACGGACAUCUGGGGACAGCCUGCC